AUGCACAAACGGGUGAAAAAGGGAAAUGUCCGCCAAAAACGGAGGAAAUUGUUGAAAGCAGCACGUGCUUCCUUAUCAAGGCGAAGAUACAAUAUUUAUUCCUGGUCUCCUGGGAUGCUCCGCUCCGUCUAUUGUCCUCCCAUUCCUGUGCUGAUGCUUAAUUUUCAAAACUUCUAUAUUACCAAGGGACCUACGACAUCAGCCGAGAAAUACCCUGCAAGUACAAAAUCCGUGAGCCAGCCCCGUCCGUGCAGAGGGGAGACGCUCGCCUUGCACCAGCUUUUCUUGCCCUUCUUACUUACACACAGCAAGCGAGGGGAGACUUUUCCAUUUAUCGCGCAUUUUGGGGAUUUUAACACGUUUUUACCAUCGUCGGAGAGGAGAGGGACGAAACGGGUUACUUUGGAGAAAAACACAAUGUCAGCGACCUUCCCGGGACUUGUCCACGACGCAGAGAUACGUCACGACGGAUCAAACAGCUACCGGCUCAUGCAGCUCGGUUGCCUAGAGUCCGUGGCCAACUCCUCGGUCGCCUAUUCCUCCUCGUCCCCGCUCACCUACCCGGCGCCGGCGGGCACGGAGUUCGCCUCUCCUUAUUUCUCGGCCAACCACCAGUACACUCCCUUGCACCACCAGUCCUUCCACUAUGAGUUUCAGCACUCCCACCCGGCCGUGGCCCCGGAGGCCUACGGGCUCAAUUCGCUCCACUCGGGCCAGUACUACCAGCAGAUCCACCACGGAGAGCCCGCAGACUUCAUCAACCUGCACAACGCGCGCUCGGCGCUCAAGUCGUCUUGUCUGGACGAGCAGCAGCGGCGAGAGCUGGGCUGCCUCGACGCUUACCGGCGACACGACCUGUCGCUCAUGACGUCACACGGCUCCCAGGCCUACGGCGUCGGGAUGCACCAUCCGGACCAGAGACUGUUGCCUGCUGCCGGCCUGGGCCUUCCCACAGGCGCAGACGACCUGCAGGGCUCUGUGGAAGCGCAGUGUGGGCUCGUGCUCAACGGCCAAGGGGGCGUCAUCCGGAGAGGGGGAACUUGUGUGGUGAAUCCGACAGAUCUGUUCUGCUCAGUACCAGGUCGACUGUCACUACUCAGCUCCACCUCCAAGUACAAAGUCACCAUCGCCGAGGUGAAAAGAAGAUUGUCACCGCCAGAAUGCCUCAACGCCUCUCUACUGGGUGGAAUACUGCGCAGAGCCAAGUCAAAGAACGGUGGUCGGUGUCUUCGGGAGAAAUUAGACCGUCUCGGCCUCAACUUGCCGGCAGGACGGAGAAAAGCUGCCAAUGUCACACUGCUUACCUCCCUGGUGGAGGGAGAAGCACUCCACCUGGCAAGAGACUUUGGCUACACCUGUGAGACAGAGUUUCCCAGCAAGGCGGUGGGCGAACAUUUGGCCCGGCAGCACAAUGAAUCGAAAGAAACUAGCGCACGGAAAAAAAUGGUUUUGGCUACAAAGCAAAUUUGUAAGGAAUUCCAAGACUUGUUGAGCCAAGAUCGUUCUCCUCUGGGCUCCUCCAGACCUACACCCAUACUGGACCUGGACAUCCAGAGACACCUUACACACUUCAGUCUAAUCACUCAUGGUUUCGGCACACCGGCUGUUUGCGCAGCUCUCAGCACUUUCCAAACAGUCCUGAGCGAGAUGCUCAACUAUCUGGACAAAAACUCAAGCGGCAAAACAAGCGGACCCACCGAUCAGCAGAUUAACACCAGUUCAGAAAAGUCACAACUCCGGAAAGCCACUGAGCCCCAGAGCAAAGACGGGAAAACUGAAAAGACUGAGUAG